CACAUGAAACAUUGCGGUGCGUUCUUCACGGCGGUUCGUUGAAUUUCGGAACUGAAUUUCUACUCGUUUUUGAAUAGUAGUGGUUAUAAUUUACCGUGAGCACAUAGGAAAUUCGUUGGAAGGACAAUGACGGCCUUUUUGCCGCCGAAUUUGCUGGCAUUAUUCGCUCCGCGCGAUCCGAUUCCUUACCUAGCACCUUUGGAUAAACCAGCUUGGUUGAAACGACCAUGGCCUUACAGCGGCCUUGCAACGUAUGUCAGAGAAUUUGAGGAUCCUAACUUAACUCCACCGCCAACCCGAGGAGAAACAAGGGAUGAAAAAACUGAACGAAAGAGGAAGGAAAAAAUUGAGCGCACAACAAAGUUUCAAGAAGACCAGAUAGAACAAUGGGACCCUCAUAAUGAUGCUAAUGCAGUGGGAACUGAUGCAUUCAGGACACUUUUUGUGGGAAGAAUUAAUUAUGAUACCUCUGAAUCUAAACUCAGACGAGAGAUGGAGCUCUACGGGCCAAUCAAAAGAAUCCAUAUUGUCCAUAAUGUAAACAACACCAAACCCAGAGGUUAUGCAUUCAUUGAAUAUGAACAUGAGCGAGACAUGCAUGCUGCUUACAAGCAUGCUGAUGGAAAGAAGAUCGACGGCAGGAGGAUUGUUGUGGACGUGGAGAGAGGUCGCACAGUCAAGACAUGGAAACCAAGACGACUUGGGGGAGGACUCGGUGGCACUCGUGUUGGUGGCCCAGAUGAGAACAUCAAGCAUUCAGGACGCGUGGAGAAUACAGAGAGAUAUGAGGAUCGCGAAAGAGAUAGGGGGGACAGAGGAGAUCGUGACCGAGACCGCGAGCGUGAGCGUUACAGGGAACGUGACCGUGAUAAAGAUCGUGAACGUUACAGGGAACGUGACAGAGAUCGUGACCGCGACCGUGACCGCGAAAAGGAACGUCGGAAACACAGAAGUAGAUCACGCGAAAAAGACCGUGAUCGUGAUCGCGACCGUGACAGGGAUAGGGAGAGGCGGCGUGAUCGCGACCGUGACCGUGACAAAGAUCGUGGUGAUCGUGGUGAUCGCGGGGAUCGUGACCGAGAAAGAGAGCGUGACAAAGAGCGUGAUCGGGAUCGUGACCGUGAUCGUGAAGGAGAAAGAAUCAAGGAAGAGCCAAAUGGUGAAUACCCAGAGUAUGACAACGAGAGCCAAAUGGACAACAACAAUAUGGAGAUGGUGGACUGAGAUUUUACUGAAGGAUAACCUCUGGAAUGACCGUUCUCUUUUACGCACAAGAACCUUCUCAAGAAACAAACCUUGAACACCUGCACUUAACGUUCUUAGCUAGAAAAUUUCGUUGUCGAUUCGUUGUGUUACAUGAAAUCUCUGUUUCUCUAUGAGCAUUGUGUGACUACUCAAAUGACGGUGACAAAAGAGGCUACCAGUUAGGUGAUCAUGCAAUCCUCAUGCCUGCAACUUAAAAAGGCUAGUUCACUUUUAAAAGCAAAAUUUGUGUAAACGACUGGAAAUUCGAGAUUAAAAAAUAA